AGAAUAUUAAUUAAAAUGGCGAUGACAGCGAGCAAUUUUUGUUCGCUGCUUGUAAGGUGGAUACCUGUAGUAUUCAUUGCUCUAAUAAUCUUCUGGUCCUACUAUGCCUAUGUUGUGGAGCUCUGUAUAAUGACAGUAUCAUCCAUGGGAGAAUCAGUUGUAUACAUCAUCUUUUAUCACAUGGCAUUCAUCAUGUUUAUCUGGUCAUAUUGGCAAACCAUAUUUUCCCCAUUGAUGACACCAACUGAUCAGUUCAAAAUGCCAUCUGACAUAAAAGAGCAAUUCCUUGCCUCCACCAAUGAAGAUGAAAGACAAACUUCAUUGAAAGAAUUUGGAAAAGAUCUUCCACUAGAUACGAGGACGGAGAGAGGAGGUCUUCGCUAUUGUUCGGUGACGUAUUUAAUCAAACCUGAUCGAUGCCAUUACUGUUCCAUGGUGGGUCAGAAUGUUCUUAAAAUGGAUCACUAUUGUCCUUGGGUAAAUAACUGUGUUGGAUUCAGCAACUACAAAUUUUUUGUACUUUUCCUUUUCUAUGGAUUGAUAUAUUGUCUCUAUGUGGUGUUCACAGAUCUGCAAUAUUUUCUGAAAUUUUGGACGCAAGAACUUCCAAACACAGCUGCUCGAUUCCACAUCUUAUUCCUGUUUAUUGCUGCUGCCAUGUUUGGUGUGAGCUUAUCUGGGUUGUUUGGAUACCAUGUUUAUCUUACCCUCAAAAAUCGAACUACAUUUGAAUCUUUCCGUGCACCUCACUUUCGAAACGGCCGAGAUAAAAAUGGUUUCAAUCUUGGCCCGCGUAGAAAUUUCGAGCAAGUUUUUGGUGAAAGAAAGCUUCUCUGGCCAGUACCUAUAUUUACAAGUAUUGGUGAUGGGAUCACAUUUCCUUCUCGUCUUAUACAGUCUGAUCCAGAACAAGGAACUACUUCGGUUAGCCAAGGCAAUGGUGAAAACUUCCCUACACGACUUGGAAGUGAUGAUGCAAAUCAAAUAUUAACAGAAUCUGAGUGGAGACAAUCGCCAGAAACACCUGCUGCAUAUAACAGGCAGAGCAAUGGGACAGCUGUAUCAAAUAUUGAUGAAACUUAAAACAUUUUACUAACUCUUUCCAUAUCUGCAAAUUCUGCACAAGCCUUAUCUGUUGCUUUGUAAUACCGCAUGUUAAACUUUGUUUGCCUAUUUCUAAUUCUGAGUGAAAAUAGCACAUCUCACAUUUAAUUUUUACGUCUUAUUUAAACACAUAUAAUGAAUAGGUAAGUUAUAGUGUCAUCUAAGCGCAUGAGACUUAAUAUCAAGCUUUUGCUGCAAGCUUUCAUCCCAAGCAACCAUUUUUAGUUCUCGGAGCUAAACAUUUUGUAGCUGUCAAAGACCAAUAAACAUUCUUUCCAGCAUUUAUUAGCCAUAAUCAACUCUUAAUUUCGCAGAUAGUUGUAAACAAUUUUACAAAGCAGUUAUUUUACUUAAAUCCUUUGAAGGGUUGUAUUAGUAAACACCCAGCUUGUAUUGUUGUCUUUCUAAUUUUACUUUUUAUUUUAGCACUUGCAUUUGAUUGUAUAUUAAAUAUUGUGUUGUGGAAAUAAAGCUGUUUCUCAUCAA